CGUAAUGCAUUGAGAGUUUGCCACUGGGAAAGCGAAAGCCACAAUUUCGCCGCAUACUAUCCCGAGAAAUCGCUUCCAGAUACGUGUGUGGUGUUCGUCACAUCGCGUGCUUUCGAGUACGUAGAUUUUUAUUCUUUUUUGAUCAUCGUCCUGAACACUGUCUCGCUGGCAUGUAAACAUUAUCCCUCUGGGCACAGAUUCGAGUAUAUCCUCGAUGUGCUCAAUCUCGUCUUCACCGGAGUGUUCGCAUUCGAGGCUUUCUUCAAAAUCAUAGCUUUGAAUCCUAAGAACUACUUUGGUGAUCGAUGGAAUGCCUUUCGACUUCGUGAUCGAUCGAAUCUUAUCUCGAUCAAUUUCUUUCGACUGUUUCGUGUGAUGCGUCUUGUCAAGCUACUGUCACGAGGAGAGGGUAUUCGAACGCUGCUGUGGACUUUCAUGAAGUCGUUUCAGGCUUUGCCGUACGUCGCCUUGCUCAUUGUUCUACUGUUCUUCAUUUAUGCUGUCAUUGGUAUG